AUGGCUUCUACGAGCGACAUUCGCGAUAUUAUGAACUUGGGCCAGGCCGGGCCCCGCCAGCCUGCGCCCAAGAAGAAAAAACACGUUGAACCUCAAACGCGCGUCACUGGUGUGAAGCGAGAAGUACAAGCUCUGAUGGGCGAUUCCGUCCCUCCUAUUGCUAUCGUCGAACAGCGUUCCUACAAAUCAAGACCGUCCAUCUCUCAGAAGUUGUUCAAGCCGCGUCAUUGGGAGGAGAGACCAUUCGUGCAUGGUGGAAGAACUGAUGGACUGGUGCUACGACACUGGAAAAGAUCCAUUCCCGGCUCGGCUGCCCGUGCGCCGGUCGUCGCGAAUGGGCCGAUGGAUGUGGAAAUGACAGAUGGAUCAAAGACCUCUCCGGCGGUGCAAGAAUUGAGGUUUGAGGAAGAAUACCCAUCGCACAAGUGGAAUACCAAGGUUCAGGUACCCGCUUACACGGACGAGCAGUAUGAAAACAUGUUGAAGUCAGAGGACUGGACGCGGCAGGAGACUGAUUAUCUCAUGGAACUAUGUCGUGACUAUGACCUGAGAUGGAUUAUUAUCGCCGACAGGUACAGCCCGCAAGACAUCCAAGCUCCCCAACCGGCUGAUCCAAAUGGGGAAUCAAAUGGCAGUGAGCUUGUUGUUAAGCCUCACUACCCGAACCGCCCCAUGGAAGCUCUCAAACAACGAUACUAUGCCGUUGCCGCGAAACUAAUGGAAGCCCAAACGCCAGCGAGCACGAUGACUCAGGCCGAAUUCCAACUCUGGGAGAAGAUGCGUAAUUUUGAUGCCAAGACUGAGACAAUGAGGAAAGCGAUGGCGGAGAAACUGUUCGAGCGCACGAAAGACGAAGCAGAUGAGGAAAGAAUUCUCCUUGAGGAACUUCACCGGAUCACUAAGAACGAGGACGACUUCAUCAAAAUGAGAAGGGAUCUGUAUGCGAGGCUCGAACCUGUGGCGCCGAUCAGAAGAACUGAAAGGGGCGAGGAACAGUCUACUGCCAUGUAUCAAACUUCUGGGGGACUUGCUAUGCUACUACAGAGCCUUCUCGCCAAAGAGAGGAAGCUCAAACGGCCUCCUGUACCGGGCACCAUCGAAAACGGCUCCGCUUCCACCCCCACUGAAUCGCAGAGAUAUGACAAAGGCAGACACCCGCCCCAAUAUAAUCGACGUGAUACUACAGACACUCAGGCUGCCGAAGAUGCACCCAGCGGACACAAGAAAGGCUCAGUGUCGCAACCUAAUGUUCGAAUUCUGUCGCCUCAGGAGGAAGCACGGUUUGGUGUUGCGCAUCCACAAGAAAGAAUUACGAGCGGUGUGCAGUUCCGACAUGAGAAGAUCAACCGCCUCACUAUGGCCAAGAGCCAGACCCAAACCACCAAGAUUCAAGCCGCGUUGACUGAGUUAGGUAUCCCACCUCGCUUGCUGAUGCCCACCGAACGAGUCUGCCGAGAAUUUGAGCGGUUAGUUACCGAGAUCAAUGUGUUGCUUGAUUGUAGGAAAGUUAAUGAGAAGAUCGCGACUGAGAUCAAAAUCUUGGAGGAGGCCCGGAGGAUUAGGUUGGGAUUGCCAAAAGACGGAGAGGAGCCUGCCGCUUCUUCCGACCCCACACAGCCUUCCUUUCCUACGACCACGGACGCAAUGGAGAUCGACGACUCUCAAGUGGGAAAUAAUUCUAAGAUGGAAGGCACCCAGGACGAUUCAAUGGCUGUGGCUGAGGAAGAUCAGGACGCUGAAGCCGAGGAUGACGUUCAACCGCUGAAGGAUGUUGAGAAGAGGGCUGACGGAGAAGACGAAAAGGACGGGAGCUCCAUCCGAGUGGAUCAGCAAGCAGCGGAAGCAGAAGCGGAUCAGGACGUUGUCCAACAGGCUACUUCAAAACCCAUCAAGGACCGAGACGAAGAGAGCGAAGGAGCCAAAACAGGCGAAGAAAACGAAGAGGAAGACGAGGAAGAUGAGGAAGAAGUCACUGGCGUCGAUGAGGAAGAAGACGAGGACGAGGACAACGAGGCAGGAGAAGGCGGACGCCAGGCUCAAGCCGACCUCGAUGAUGAGGAUGAAGAUGGAGAUGAAGACGACGACGACGACGACGACGAGGGCCUCGAGGUUCCGGUCACGCCACAGAACGAGAGCGACGCCGAAGAGGACAAUGGGGACGAAGACGAAGAGGACGAAGAUGACGAGCCAGAAGUUGAGGCCGAGUCUGACGAGGAAGCCAGCGCCCGUGAGGACGACGCGGGCUCCGGCUCCGACGACGAAGUCGAAGCCGAAGACGACAAGGACGAGGAAGAAAAUGGAGACGAGGCCCUCGCCGCAGCAGAGGUCGAUGACUCUGAUGAUGACGAUGCCGAAGACGAGCCCGAUGAAGAGCCAGCAGCAGCAUCAACAGCUCUCAGUGCCCUUCCCCGUGUGCAUAAGCGGUCCGCGAGUGUCAUAUCCGCGGCCAGUCGUGCAGGAAGUAAUCGAAGUGGCAUUGGGAGGAAGAAAAGACGGUGA